AUGCCUGGAGAGCUGAUUGUGCGAACUGAAAGUAGACAGCGACGCAGAAAUACUGGGAAGAGAUCUAGAACGGGAUGUCGAACCUGCCGGGUACGGCGCAUAAAAUGCGACGAGGCACCGGGGUCCUUUGGGAAUUGUACUUCUACAGGCCGAGCCUGCGACGGAUACGAUCUGCACCGAUUCCCCAUCAAGCGGGAAUUAAACGAGGUUUUUCGUACUUCUCAAUACCGCCUUGUCCCCGACCUUGUUGGCUUUUUUUACUCCUGGCUCUGGCAGAAGCUGGUCCUGCAGAUGUGUCAUUCCGAUCCAGCGGUAUGCCAUGCUGUCAACAUGGUGAGCGCAAUUCACCAAGAUGCUGAGGAAAGAGGCAUGCGACUAGCUGGGGAGGAUUUGCAGAAUCCAAAACACCGAUUUGCACUUGAGCAGGCUGCCCGAUCUUUCGCACAUUUGCAAAAGCGCCGGGCCUCUCCCGACCCACAGCUGCGCGAGGUCGUGCUAGUGUGCUGCCUUCUUUUCGUCAUGGCAGAGCUGCUGUUGGGAGAAUUCGCCAGAGCCUUCAUACAUCUACGUAGUGGCACACAAAUUCUCGAGGAGUCGCUACGCCUUGGGAUACCAGUAAUUCCUUGUCUUUCUGAAACACUCCGCGUCUUGAAUUCCCAGUCGUCACAUGUCGGAGACUUCGAGUCAGAAUCAGGCAUUCCAGGCGAGGCGGAGAAUGAACGUGAUAUUGAGUUUUUAGACGGCUUUGAAAGUCUGAAAGUAGCGCGACAAUGCUUUCAGCGAGUCAUGUAUAGGGUGAUCCCGUUCAUUGCCACGGCUUGGAGACUUCCACAAACAGAGAUCCUAGCGAACUACGAAACGCUCUGGGCCAAACGACAGAGGCUGUUAUCCUCACUGGAGCACCUUGCAGAGCGGUUUGAACUGUUUUACCAACGAGAAUAUGCCACUCUUAACGCGAAAGAGCAAAUAGGAGCGGACAUCGUGAGGCUCCAAUUGGUUGCCAAGACAAUCGUACUGAAAACGUGCCUGCUCGACGAGUAUGACUACAGAUUGCUCACUCUUGAAUAUAGCAAUCUGUUAUCAGGAUACAAAGAAUUCAUGGACAGGUUUCCCUGUCGCCCCACUAUCACAUUGGAUUACGGACUGAGCUUUGGGCUAUUUGCUGUGGCAUCGAAAUGUCCAGACCUUGGCAUCCGUCUUCGAGCUGUUGAUGCCUUGCGCAAGUGGCCGCAUUACGAGGGCAUGAUCAAUUCCAACGCCGGGGCAGGAAUAGCGGUGGAGGCGAUCAAAUUGGAGUUGCAUAAGAUGCAGAAGGAUGAUGCGGAGCGCGUGUCUUCGACAGAUCGGGAUCCCGACGUAAGCUUUUGGGAAAUGAUCAGAAGAACGCAGAAUGGGACGCAGUGGCCGGCUGUACGCGAUGUAGAGCUGCGACUGAAGGAGACUCGACGGUUGUGAUUACCAGAGUGGUCGGGUGGUUUCACAUGUUCACUUAUUAUCUAGCGGAUCUUCAUGAUGAACUUAGGUUAUGAAAGCACAGUAUAUAGGUCAUGGUAGUAUAGUCUAGCAGGCGUAUCUACAAAAUGAAAGCAUGCCGUCUAAUACGUGGGUUGGUUACGGAUACACAGCAGAUCAAAUCCGCAUCUAUUUUUCUCUCGGGUCGGAAUUCCGAGGUGGAUGGGACGUGUGCUCACCUGUCGAGCUGGUCCAUUUCAGCCAUCUUUUCUUCUCGUUGAUGCUAAAGGCUUGCUAGAUGGGUUGAUUUGGCUUGAAUAGAUGUUGUUGAUGGGUAUUCUGG